AUGGCAGCAGUACGAUUGAAUGAUGGUUUAAUGAUUAUUCUUGGAGGAGACUGCUGUCACUCUAGACAACUAUUACUUGGCAAGGAACAAAUUGCCAUAUUGGAAAAUGGUACAUCAUUACAUGAAGAUAUCGACACGACUAAGGAGACUAUGAGACGAUCACGAGAAUGGGUCGAAAAGUCUAAUGGAACAGUCGGCAUUAUUCUUGCUCAUGACGGCGAAUUGGCAGAUGCUCUUCCAAGCAAGAUUGCAAAACAAAUUCAAGUCGCCUAA